GAGCAGGCGAACGCCUUCUUCGGAACAGCAAGGUCCGUAAGUUCACACCACUGGACCUGUAUAUAAGCACGCCGAGAGAAAAGUCUAGAACCACCACCAGGGAGAAGAGACUAGAGAGCAGGAAGCAAAACUAGGAGCAAUAUACAAGAUUGAAUUCAUGGACGAACUAAAUCAAUGGCAUUCUCAUCGGGACCCUGAAGACGAGUUAGCAUACAUGUACCAGCAGCAAGAAGAGCACCCCAGGAUGCACCAGCCGUUCGCCGAGCCACUCCCCGAGCAGCAGCAGUACUACACAUCACCACCACCGAUGCCGCCGCCUAACCAGUUUCAUCCAUCCCAUUCUCGUAGCUCCAGUUUCCCGAGCUUCGGGAGCUUGGCAUUGCCCAGCCUGCCGUUCGGAGCUGUGGCGGUCAAUAACGAGCAAGGGCAGCCGUCGUCGUCGAGCAAUCGUAUCCUCUCAUUCGGCGGGCAACCUCCUAGCACGCUCAACUUCUCAGGAGGAGACUGGCCGGACGGCAUCGAAGGGGUGCCGCAGGUGCCGGAGAGGCGGAGCCGAGCUUACUGGAACACGCAGGAGCACGUCAUCGCCGAGCGCAGGCGCCGCGAGAAGAUGCAGCAGCAGUUCGUGGCGCUGGCUUCCAUCGUCCCUGACCUCACCAAGACAGACAAGAUCUCUCUCCUAGGGAGCACUAUCAAAUACGUGAAGCAACUCGAGGAGAAGGUGAAGACCCUGGAGGAGCAAAACACAAGGAGAUCAUCCGAGUCCACCGUUUCUGAAAGCAAGUGCCGCAUAUCGACCGAGAGCGAGUACACCGCAGGCCCCAGUGGGAGCGCCUCUGGUUCGGGAGGGUUCAGCCCGGCUGUUGAAGCGAGCAUCCACGGUGACACCAUCCUGCUGAAAAUAUGCUGCAAGGAGAGGAGAGGAGUGCUGGUGAUGGUCAUCUCCGAGCUUGAGAGACAGGACCACUCCAUCAUAAACACUAGUGUUCUGCCAUUCACGGAUUCGAACCUCAACAUCACCAUCACCGCAAAGGCAAGGCUUCUCUCUCCCAAUUAAUAAUUGUGUGAAUGUGCUUAACCACAGAUAAUGUGUUAAGCUAGGAAAUGUUUAAUAGCAAUACUAUGGUUGACGUUUAGUACCAACUGGAUAGUCUCUUCUAUCAUUCUAUGAGAAUUUUACUGCCGGAAGAUGGUCUAUGUAGUCUUAAUUUUGCAUUUUUUUAGACAAUGAAAAAGUUUCGGUCAUCUCAGCUCAUAGCUAAAUAUUAGAAGGAAAUAAAAACGUAAAAAAUUAUAUUAAUGUGAAUCAUUCAUCACAUAGUCUAAUACUAAACUGUCACCCAUUUGACAAAGAGCUUCAUGGUACCGUCUUAAUUUUUCAUACUCAGAAGUUUGAACAGUUUUAAGAUUUGUGCAGAUUGGAGAAGGGUUUUCGACAACAGUUGAACUUGUAAAGAACCUGACCACGGCUCUCAGAGGUUUCAUUUGAGGAAAGAAAAAAGAAAGAAAGAAAGAGUAGUGAGUUAUUGUAAAUCGAGCCUUCUAUUUGCUUUGAAAUUUGUGGUUUCUUCUUCUUAAAAAACGUCCAAAAUGAGAACUCUUGUACUCUCAUCUUUUUUAUUUCUUGUGUACAUUCCUUCAUCCCCCGGCCUAUUGAACAAAAUUACGAUUCAAGAACAGCAAUUGUAAUGGUAC